AUGCGGGAGGGGAGCGCAGCCAGCCGCGACGCGGAGAACCGGACAGGAGGCGAGCCCCCGCUGCACCUGUUUCCCGCACCCGUGCUCACAGGCAUCACGGUCGCCUGCAUCCUCCUGUUCGUCAUCGGGAUCAUUGGCAACCUCAUGACCAUGCUGGUGGUGUCACGGUUCCGGGACAUGAGGACCACCACCAACUUCUACCUGUCCAGCAUGGCCUUCUCCGACCUGCUCAUCUUCCUCUGCAUGCCCCUGGACCUCUUUCGCCUCUGGCAGUAUCGGCCCUGGAAUUUCGGAGAUCUCCUCUGCAAGCUUUUCCAGUUCAUCAGCGAGAGCUGCACCUACUCCACCAUCCUCAACAUUACUGCCCUUAGCGUGGAGCGGUAUGUUGCCAUCUGCUUUCCCCUUCGAGCUAAAGUGAUCAUCACCAAGGGGAAGGUCAAGCUGGUCAUCCUUUUCCUCUGGGCCAUCUCCUUCAUUAGUGCUGGACCCAUCUUCAUCUUGGUGGGGGUCGAGCACGAGAAUGGCACAAACCCCCUGAGCACCAACGAGUGCCGAGCCACAGAGUAUGCCAUCCGCUCAGGGCUCCUCACAAUCAUGGUCUGGACCUCCAGCAUCUUCUUUUUCCUGCCUGUGUUUUGCCUGACUGUGCUGUACAGCCUCAUUGGGAGGAAGCUCUGGAGGAGAAAGAGAAAGAACAUUGGUCCAAACACUGUCAUCAGGGAUAAGAACAACAAGCAAACUGUGAAAAUGUUAGUUGUGGUGGUAUUUGCCUUCAUACUCUGCUGGUUGCCUUUUCACGUAGGACGAUAUUUAUUUUCCAAAUCCUUUGAAGCUGGAUCCUUGGAGAUAGCAGUGAUCAGCCAGUACUGCAAUUUGGUGUCCUUUGUCCUCUUCUACCUUAGCGCAGCCAUCAACCCCAUCCUCUACAAUAUCAUGUCAAAGAAGUACCGGGUUGCUGCCUGCCGCUUGUUUGGACUCAAACCCCUUCCAAAGAAAAGACUCUCCAGCACAAAGCAAGAAAGUUUGCGUGUUUGGACAGAACCAAGUGUUAUCACAUGA